AUCCCGAAUCGGUGGGUCACGUGAUCGCUGCCUGCGCGGCCGCGCUCGCUCUGUGGUGCAGGCGGAGCCGCUGCUAUGGAGUCGCUGCCGCUGCUCCCGCCGCCGCUGCUGCGGCUCCCGCCGCUGCUGCUGCUGCUCCCGCCGCUGCUGCUGCUGCUCCCGCCGCUGCCGUCCGCCCACGCCGCUCCCGCUGCCCGGGUCGUAUGGCCGGGCCUGGAGGAGCGGCUCUUUCCGCAGGUGCGGGACCACUUCAGCUUCGAGACCUGUGGCAACGAGACCUUCCCGCAGCGGUACCUGGUGUCGGCAAAGUUCUGGAAGAAAGGAUUUGGACCCAUCUUUUUCUAUACUGGCAAUGAAGGUGACAUCUGGACUUUUGCUCAGAACUCUGACUUCAUAUUUGAAUUAGCAGAGGAACAGCAAGCACUUGUCAUUUUUGCUGAACAUAGGUACUAUGGGAAGUCUCUUCCCUUUGGACUUGAGUCAACACAGUUGAAGAAGACUGCUCUGCUCACUGUGGAACAAGCCCUUGCUGACUAUGCAGUGCUCAUUACUGAGCUUAAGCAGCAGUUUGGUGCUGCAGACUGCCCUGUCAUCGCUUUCGGAGGCAGCUAUGGAGGAAUGCUGAGCGCUUACCUGAGGAUGAAAUACCCAAAUGUUGUGGCUGGAGCAUUAGCUGCCAGUGCUCCUCUGCUGUCUGUGGCUGGGCUUGGAGACCCCACCCAGUUCUUCAGAGAUGUCACAGCAGAUUUUCAGAAGUCCAGCCUAGGCUGUGUCACAGCUGUCCGUAAAGCCUUCCAGCAGAUCAAGGACCUGUGCCUGAGUGGAGCCUAUGAUGAGAUCAGCAGCAAAAUGGCCACAUGCAAUAAGAUCUCUAACAAGGAGGAUGUUUACCAGCUGUUUGGGUUUGCUAGAAAUGCCUUCACCAUGAUGGCCAUGAUGGACUAUCCAUACAAAACUGACUUCAUGGGUGACCUCCCUGCCAAUCCAGUGAAGGUUGGCUGUGAACAAAUUAUUGCCCAUAAAGACCCAAUUGAAGGCUUGGCUGCUCUUGUUGGGGUGUUCUACAACUCCUCUGGCUUGGCACAGUGUUAUAACAUAUACCAGCUGUACCAGUCCUGUGCUGACCCCACGGGCUGUGGCAUCGGCUCAGAUGCAGAGGCUUGGGACUACCAGGUUUGCACUGAGAUCAACUUAACAUUUAACAGUAACAAUGUGACAGACAUGUUCCCUGAGAUGCCCUUCACAGAAGCUAUGCGUGAGCAGUACUGUUGGAACAAGUGGCGUGUGAGGCCGCGAGCACACUGGCUGCAGAUAAACUUUUGGGGAGAAGACCUGAAAAGUGCAAGCAACAUCAUUUUCUCAAAUGGAGACUUGGACCCAUGGGCUGGAGGUGGGAUAAACAGCAGCCUCAGCCCUUCACUGAUUGCACUUACCAUUAAAGGAGGUGCCCAUCACCUUGAUCUCCGGGGACACAACCCAGCUGACCCCCCAUCCGUCACAGAGGUGCGCAAGCUUGAAGCCAGGAUCAUCAGCAGCUGGGUGAAAUCUGCAGGCAUGGAGCGGGUGAAGGAGCAGCACACAGGAGCUGCAGCAGGCAGCCAGCCCUGAGCCCUUCCAUCCCCACAGCCCCUGGGUGCAGCUGCCACAGGACACAGCAGUCUGCUGCACUGGUUCUACUAGGCUGGCUGAGACACUAUUCUCUCCUCUGCCAUGAUGGUGGGAACUCCCUUUUCCCAAGUGUCCACACCUCAUUGAGCAUGGAAAAGAAAUGCAAAAGGCCAAAUCACUGACAGAAGCCAAAACCACAUUUUCUGGGCUUCAUGCUUGUCUGCUUAGAAUGAGCUGUUACAAGGGCAGCAAUACGAAAAGCUUGCCCUGAACAGGAUGGUUGCAUGAAGCACCUUAAGGUUGAAAAUAAACUAUUUUUAGAGAAAAAGGAAAUACUAGAGGGUUAGUAGAAUAGCAGAGGUAUAAUUAUGACUGACACAGGGUCAUGGUGAGCUCCACUAGUGACCAGUUAUCUAAACAGACUAUCAGUCUUAGCCAGAGCUGUAGGUUGGGGCUGUUCUAGUUUUAACUUGUUGAAGAGAUUCCAGUUGCUGAGAUGAAGAUUUACACAAAGGAAUCCUGGUGUGCACUGCUGUCACUCAAGGGCUGUGUAUUGGUGACCAAUAAAGCACACUUCCACUGAGGCAUCUUCAGAGCUUUUAAAAAUCAAUUACAAGUAUAUUAAAGUCUGUGAUAUAAAAGUUUAUUAAAGGGUAUGAUAUAAUUUCA